GACGACCAAACUCGUCGUGAAUAUAGGUAUAUUGCCCAGUAUGUAUGCCUAGUAUCUCAACUUCCUUUCAAAAAUUCCGCUUUCAAUUCAGUUGGUAGAGUUUCAGUUUUUGUUGUUUAUGUUGGCUACAUUGUAUUCAUAGAAGCGGAAAGUACGUUCUUGUGUACGGGUGUAUUUUUUGCUUUACUAGGCCCCACGUUCGGUAUUAGGUUAUGUGAAAGUGACGUUGUAUUGUAAAUUUGUGACAACACGUUCAAAAAUGCCCCGAAGAGUUGCUCAUAAACUGGAGGGUACAAAUCGUACCGAAGAUGUGGCUAUCCACGAAGAUAUAGAUUUCAAUGGAAUGAUGCUGUCACAAAACACAUUGAGUGGUCUCCUGAAAAGUGGCUUUCGAAAACCCUCUCCCAUUCAAUUAAAAGCAAUUCCUAUCGGAAAAUGUGGUUUCGACAUGGUAGUGCAAGCAAAGAGUGGAACUGGAAAAACUGCAGUUUUCACAGUUCUUGCAUUAGAAAUGAUAAAUGUUGAAAAUUCGUCUCUUCAAGUUUUGGUUUUAGCGCCAACUAGAGAGAUAGCUGUACAAAUACAGCAAGUUUUUUGUUCUCUUGGACGUCCUAUUAAAGGAUUGAAUGUGAAAACUUUUAUUGGUGGUUUUCCUGUUGCUGAUGACUUAACAAAUCUUAUUGGCUGUCAUAUUGCUGUUGGAGCACCAGGACGUGUGAAAUUCCUGAUUGAAAAGGGAUAUAUGAAAACUACUGGCAUAAAUCUGUUUGUUUUGGAUGAAGCAGAUAAAUUAAUGGAAUCAAGUUUUCAACAAGAUAUUAACUUCAUAUUUGGCACACUUCCUGAAGAGAAACAGACCUUGGCAUUUAGUGCCACCUACCCUGAUGAGCUAGACAAAUUUCUUUGUUCGUACAUGCGUUAUCCAAUGCACGUGAGCCCAGGGCAUGAAGGACCUGUCUUAAGAGGCAUUAAACAGUUUGUAUCUAUUGUACCACCACACAUCAGUUCCAUGAUGCAAAUGAAAAUAAAGUUAAAAGAAGUUGUUAGAAUCCUAUCAUCUGUUGACUUCAAACAAUGUCUCAUCUUCACAAAUUAUCAAACCAGAGCGCAGAGUAUUUGCUAUCAACUAAACCAGUACGGUUGGCCUGCUCUGUGGGUCGCAGGCAGUCUCAGCCAGCAAGAACGUCUUGAUGCUGUGAACAGCUUACGAGAGUUCCGAUGCCGUGUUCUUCUCUCAACGGAUUUGACCGCUAGAGGAAUUGAUGCUGAAAAUGUUAAUUUGCUUAUCAAUUUAGAUAUUCCAUUUGAUUCUGCUACGUAUCUUCACAGAAUUGGAAGAGCUGGGCGGUAUGGCUCGCAUGGCAUAGCUAUUGCGAUUGUUAGCGAUGGUGAUGAUCUUAAAAAGUUUCAAGAGUUGUUAGGUUCCAUUGGUGGAAAGGAAAUGAGUGUAUUAAGAUUUCCUUCUGACCCAGUGCCUAACAUGUGGAAUUGUGAUGAUUCGUCAUUUGCUAAAGUGAAUGGUAUUUUGAAACCUUCAGAGAAGUCUUCAAAAAUAAAGAAUAAAGAUUCAGGAAAAUCUGAGAGGCAAACAUCACAGAGUGAAAUUGUAAAUAAUGAACAAAAUGGUAUUAAGAAAAAGAAAAAGAAUAAUAAAAAGAAGGGUGGGAUAGCUAGUAACAUAAGAGAAAAAGAAAUUGAAAUGUUACCUUUCUCUGUUGAAAAGGAGAAUUCUGUGGAGCAAUUUUCUUUGGACAGUAGUAUCUCUAAAGUAGCAAAUUCUAAUGAAAAAGAGGAGGAAAGUGUUGAUGAAGAAUUGGUAAAUAUUGUUGAAAAUCUAUCCUUAGAAGUGCAAGAAUCAUCCAAAGAAGAUAAGAAAGAAGAAAUUCUGAAUAAAUUAGCUCAAUCUUUCCGUACAAAAUGCAUGUGUCGUAAAUUUGUUCCAAAAAGUUAUGAUGAGUUUUUAAAUGGAAAUUACAAGCAAGACGUGUUAGUGGAUAGCAAAGAAGUUGUAUCUGAUUCUUACAAUGAUGAAAUUAAUAUGGAAAAUAACAUAGAAGCUCUGCUAAAUAUUCAGGAGAACAUGUUUCAGUCUAAGCUGAAUGCAGUAAGAAACAAUACAAACACUUUGAGUGUCUCACAUCUAUUACAGACACUAGUGUCAGGAAAUCUUCCCAAAAUGAAUAAUUCAUCAAAAAAAUCUAAAUCCAAUCAAGACAAAUCUGAAGAGAUGAUAACCCAGAAACCUGUUUCAAGUCAAAAGAAGUCUAGUCUAAUUAAGUCAUUUCAGAUGUGUGUUGACUCCAAUCCAGUGUUCAAUUAUAAUUUUCCUCUAAACAGUGAAAUGAAACAAAAAAUUGAAGAUAGUAAUGAAAAAGAAAGUGAAGAACUAGUAGAAGGAAAUCAAGGUGUGAAGUGCAAGUUUACUGACAACAGUUUUUCGGAUGCAAAUAUUGUAAAUGGAAAUUCAUGUUUAAACUACAAUGAUAGUCCAAGCGAGAGCGAUAGUGAAAGUGAUAAUGAGUUUGAAGUAAACAAUGCAUAUCAUCAACCAGAGAGAAUUAGCAGACGAGACUUUACAUCUAGUAGUGUGUGUAAUGUUGGUGCAGACUACAAAAACUAUAAUUAUUGGACUAACAGCCAUCCAAAUUAUCAAAAGAAUUAUAUGGAAGAACCUGGUUGUGUUGCAGGUCAGAAAACGUUUCAUUUGUCAGGCCCCUUGGUAGACACAAUGGCAGCUGGUGACUCAAACCAACAACCCUGCUGUGAAAAUAUGUAUUGGCAUAAUAUGCUGCAAAAUCAGCAAGCUUACUUAGCACAAAUUAGGCAAAUGAGUCAAUAUAUUCAGUACACAGAAUACAUGAGAAGUAUGUUAAAUAUGCAGUUUUAAUGAACAUGUAUUUAUAAAUUCUGAAAGGAAAUAUUCAAUUACUUGUUGAACUUAAAGAUUUAAUUUAUGAUUUGAGUUUUUACUGUUUCUUUCUUCAUGAAAUAAGUAAGUUGAAUCAAUUCUAAUAUUGAACAUGAAUAAUACUGUGAUUCCAAUGUUCGUAUUGAAUGAAUAACUGUGAUAAAUAAAAUAAUUCUAAUUGAGCAUUUUUA